AUGGCACUCCAGUACGUGAGCCCGCCAGGCGAGAUUAUUCGUCAUGCAAGAUCCAGGCUUGUCAGCAGUCUCCCCCAUGCUGGCUUAGGUGACGCCGCUGUACGAGAGCAUUUGGAAGUGGACGUUCUGCCCGCGCUGAGCUCUUCCAGCCGAUCUGCCAAUUAUUAUGGGUUCGUAACUGGAGGCUCGACUGUCGCAGCGAGUUUGGCGGACAAGUUCGUCACCGAUUAUGACCAGAAUGUCCAAGUGCACCUCCCGCACGAGACAAUAGCAACCGAUGUCGAAGACUCUGCAUUGCGCAUGAUCUGUGAUCUCGCGAGAUUGCCAGAGGUUAAGUGGACACACAGGACGUUCACGACAGGAGCCACAGCUAGUAAUGUGCUCGGUCUGGCUUGUGGACGUGAGUUUGUAAUCCGCGAGGCUGCUAAACGGCAACGAUCAAUCAAGACCGUGGCAGAACAUGGUUUGAUAGAUGCGAUGCAGGCUGCCCAGAUCACGACUGUCCAAAUCCUUACCACCGUUCCACAUUCAUCGCUGCGGAAGGCUGCCGCUAUUGUUGGCCUUGGUCGUUCGUCCGUCAAGGACGUUGGCCGCUCGGAUGCACCGCAUCGAUUUGAUAUGGCCGCGUUGAGUGCAGCCCUCAGUCAACCUGGACAUGCGUCAAUUGUCGCCAUCUCGUGUGCUGAGGUAAAUACGGGGGCAUUCGCGACCAUUGGUAGAGAUCUGGAGACUAUCAGACGAAUGUGUGACACUCAUGGUGCGUGGAUUCACGUCGAUGCAGCGUUCGGCCUCCAGGCUCGAAUUAUCUCGGAACACGAUAAAGCAUUCGACCUGAUAACGGAGGGAGUACGUGAUCUGGAACUGGCAGACUCUAUCACCGGAGAUGCGCACAAGCUUCUGAACGUGCCUUAUGAUUGUGGAAUCUUUCUCUCCAGACAUCUCGAAGUUGGGGUUGAAGUAUUUCAGAACCCUAACGCAGCAUAUCUCAAUGCAGGGUCCACAACGAGGACGGCCGAUGAACGGACAAUCCCAUCACCUCUGAACAUUGGCAUCGAGAACUCAAGACGUUUUCGGGCACUGCCAGUCUAUAGCACAUUGGUUGCAUACGGAGAACAGGGGUACCGCGAGCUUCUUGAGCGGCAGAUUAAGUUGGCUCGUGCCAUUGCGAGUUUCAUUCUCAGUGAGCCCAGGCUUCAACUUUUGCCGAGAGGAGGAUUGAGUAGAGAAGAUCGCGAUCCCAUCGAGCAUGUCUAUAUCGUGGCGCUGUUCCGUGCACAGGACGACGCCCUCAAUGCCAAUCUCGUUCGAAAUAUCAAUGCAACUCGGAAGAUAUACGUCAGCGGUACGAGCUGGGACGGCAAGCCAGCAGCACGAUUCGCCAUCUCUAAUUGGCAGGUCGACAUCGAACGGGAUAUGGGGCUGAUUAGAAAAGUUCUGCUUGAUGUCCUACAAAGUUCAUAA